AUUCAAACCAGAAUGGCGGACCAAAUUCACGAAAUGGAGGACGAAAUUGAUGUCGAGGGAUUUGACGACAAAGAAGGGUCAAGUGCCCUUCUGCCUAACACCCCUGUUCCGAUCAUCAGAUCCAAGAUAUGGAAGGAGUUCGGCGUUCCUGUUUGCGAUUGGACGGUUGACAACAUGGACCUUGAGAGCCGGCUCACCAUCGAGAACAUGUUGCACGAAGAGCGUCGAUAUCUGAGAACCAACAACGGGCCCAUCACAAGAAGGCUUAAUAAGAAGAAGUCUUCCCCGCAUCUACGAUGGACUCCUCACGAAAGGCUCCAGUUUGAGCAAGGAUAUAGGAACUACGGUAACCGAUGGACUGAGAUAGCUCGAUUAAUCCCCACAAGGAGUCCCCUGCAGGUCAAGAACUACGCCAGGAACUACUUCCCCAAAAAGAUGAAGUCGCCAUCCGAUGUGAGUGCCGAUGUCCACAGCCAGGAUCUGGUAAACAGAGAUGGUCCUGAUGAUGAAGCCAAGAUUCACUCCCACCUGCCCGAAUCCCUCGACACAGGAUCGCCGACCGUCCCAACGAGGCUGCACCCCCCCUGCAUGAGGCACGCCCCCUGCACAUCGAGGCGCAGGCACUUCCAGAAGUUCGGUUUCGCCAACCUCAGCCCGUCGCGGCUGCUCAAGUCGCGCUCGGGCAAGGACGCGCUGGCCUCCAUAAAGAUAGCCAAGGAGAGGUCGGUGCAGAGGGCAAAAGCCCCAGCGCCCAAGGGAAGCAGGCCAGACAAGCGGCUGCGCAAAGGGAAACAGGUACAUCGAGCCAAGGGUCGGGGGACAAAAGCCAAGGCGAAGGAUGAGAGAACGCUGGGUCAAAGCGGACAUCUGAGAGACCAGUCCAGGGAUGCGACAGAAGGCAGCAGCGCGGGCCUGUUUGAGCAAGGAGGCGGGGUGAUCAGGAUGAGGCCAGAGGGCUCAGAAGAUGAAGAUGUAGAUGUUGAAGAUGACACUGUGGGAGGAGAUACGUACCGGGAGAACCUGCUGAUGGGUCUUGCAGUCACCUGCGAUCGUAUCUACAACAAUCUCAUCACGCCCUCUGGAGACCCAACGGUGUCCGCCACCUUGUCCCUUGAUAUGGGACAGAAAGAUGCCAGUGCAAAGAACAAAGCAAAGACCUUGCCUAACGUCCCCCGUGGGUCAAAGGUAAGAGAUCACAAGGUCAUUCCUGAAGGGCUCUGCAUUCCGGAGCUGGCCUGGAACGCCGAUCACACAUACAGUAUGUCGGUCAGGACGCUGCACAAACUGGGUAUUUUGGGAGCAACUUCUAAUUCAACUCAAAACAUUGGCGAAAGGGCUACCGGAUCGUAUUGUUCAAGGCAGUUGAGUCAGGGUGCGGUCUUAGACUCUGAUAACGAAGCCAAAACAUUCAUAAAAGAGGAACCAGACGACAUUCCAGAGGAGGAGGAAAUUUUCCCUCUGAAAUCAGAACCAGUGGAUUCUCCAGAAGUUCUUCCUCAAGACGGAGAAAUCGGCGUAGAUUUCAAAACUGAACCCGAAGAAAGCGAAGUAGUGAUUUGGAACAUGGAACCAACAGAGUGUCAUGUGCAGGAGGAACCAUGUGAUGUGGGUAGCUACAACUCAAGUGCCUUGGGACAAGAAGACGUAGGACAGGUGAUGGACAUGUGCGAACAUAUUGAAACCCAUUUAUCCAAGGAACAGGAUGCUGGAACACCCCUCAGUGGAAAUUCAGAGGUCCAACCUUCAGAUACACCUACGGACAGUUCUGUCCCAGGAUCGUACCGGGAGCACGAGUUGGAGGGGUGCGUGAGCUCCGAAGGGAGUAGGGCUGUCCCUCAGCCAGUAACUGUGCCAGCACCCCUUGAAAAUAAUCCAGGGAACCCAGAAGCAGAGAUGGAGAGUGAAGAAGAGACAGGUGGAUUGAACCAUGAGGAUGGAAAUAGGGGUGGUAUUGAAGAUCUAGAGAAAGAAGAGUCUGUCCCCAUGCCGGGGGAAGAAGACAGCAACAGUGGCGAAGACAAGAAGCAAGAAGCUGGGCCAUCAAGAGAGUGCCAUCUGCAGCUGGACCAGAUUGAAGACUGGGAGAAGGGAGCCAUGCCGGAGUUCUUUGAAGGCCGACCCGCCAAGACGCCGCAGCGCUACCUCAAGAUCAGGAAUUACAUCUACCAGCUGUGGCUGCAGACCAAGCCCAAAUACUUGAACAAAGCCGUCGUCCGGCAGGGACUCAAGAACUGUGGAGACGUCAACUCCAUCGGUCACAUCCAUCGCAGCCUGGAGACGGCUGGCGCCAUCAACCACGGAGUGGCUAACCCCCAUCGGGCCAUCAUUGAAUGUCGAGCCAGUGCGAUACGUCAGCGCUCAACGUCAAAGACCAAUGAACCAGAGGCUCCUAGAGAGUCCAAGAGACCUCGCAAGAAGAGGAUUUUUCAUCUGGAGUCCGAAAUUGGCCUGCAAUCAGAAGAAAAACUGCUCCCAAGGAAGAGUGUCAGGUCUGGGACCCGGAAGUCCAAACCCGUGGCCUACGAUCCCUUCAAGCUGAUUGAAUGCUGCAAGUUCACUGAAGAGACAGAGGCUCCGUUUCAUGUCCGGAUCCAGUCCGAUGCAAUGGUCAUCAUGGAUGUGCACUCCCACAUGUCGUCGACCGAGGUGAUUGGCCUGCUGGGAGGCAAGUUCAGCAAGGAGGACAGCAUCUUGGAUGUUCUGCUUGCCGUUCCCUGCAACAGCAUCAGCACAGGCAUGCAGUGCGAGAUGGAUCCAGUUUCCCAGACGGAGGCCUACGAGUCCAUCCGAGCCAAGGGCUACCAGGUUGUAGGCUGGUACCACAGCCAUCCGGCCUUUGCUGCCAACCCGUCAGUGCGGGACAUAGAGACCCAGUCAGGGUUCCAGGGUUGGUUCAGUCAAGGCGGAGCGCCAUUCAUCGGAAUCAUCAUCAGCCCCUGCCACAACUAUCAGGUCUCGCAGUCCAAGGUCUGCUGUCUGACCGUCAGCAAGGAUUGGUCACCAGAACUCAAAUGCAGAAAGCCGUAUCAGUUUGACUUCACCAUCUCCCACAGCCACUGCGAUGACGUCCUCACGAUGAACACCAUUUCCAGCGUGGUGACCAAGUUUGCCAUCUACAAGCACCGUUCUGAGAUGCUGUGCUUGUGGUCCAAGUUUUAUGACAUCUCUUUCCUGGAAAAGAUGCUGCUGUCCAUAAAGACCUACAUGUGUCCCAAUCAGCAGGAGGAUUUACUGAGGCAGAUCAAAGAUUUCAUUACCGCGGAGUUCACCACCAAAACUGCAGCUACCAUCAAGGAGGAAAACGACAGUUGAAGUAAGCCGUCUGAUCACUAGUCCCAUCCAACUGGUUGCCUCCUGGCUUUCCUUUAGUCCCAAGCCAGGUUAAAUCUCCAUCGUCUGAUUGGUGGAUCCUUGGUCACGUCUUGACUUAUUCAUCCCAGUGGAUAGAGCAGCUGCAUCUCAAAAAUGGAAUGUUCCAUUUUGCAGGAAAACAGAUUGCUCUAUGUUCCAUCCAUCCAUUGGCUCAGUCACACUGUUGCUGGUGCUAAAAAUCAGUGGGCUCUUCACGCACAAUGACAAUAAACCUGACACACCAUUUUGCACUUUGGAGCCAUCCUGAUCAAGCCAUCCGGAUCUCGCUAGUACAAUGUAACAUGCUGUGUGAUGAGUUUGUAAAACACUCAGGACCAACUGAAGCAUUGACCAAUUCAGAACAGGACCCCUCGUACCUUGUGAAUUUGUGCGGGACUGAAAACGGAAAACAGCCAGUUGUCCAAAGAGAGGAUUUAUUGAGGCACUGUAUGAAACAAUGUUUCACAUUUGGGCAGGGGAAAGAAUCAUUUCGUUCCAUUCUGCUCAGCUUUGCCCCGUGGAAUGGAACGUUCCAUCUGCUACUUCAUGACAUCAUUCCUACGGUUGCAGGCAUAAACUUUCAUUCAUACCAAACCAAGCUUCCUUUCGCGUCAACCGAGGGAGUCUGCACCAAAAAAAACACAUGUUUCAGGAUUGCAGCUGGGACCUUUUUUGUAGCUUUGGUGACCAGUGUCAGAUAGGUGAAGUGAACAUUAUGCCUGGUGAUCGGGUAAUCGUUUUUCCUGCUUAUUGUGAUAAACAGAGCUGAUGCUUCAUUGGAAGUGCCAUUUUUUUAUUUUUACAAUUCUUGGUCCGUUUUCGCCAACGCUCAGUGAACUUGAAAGAUGAUGGACAGGCAAACCCACAAAGGUAGUUUUGCUGUGGUUGGGUGUUUAGGAUGUUGGACUCUAAAAUCAGUGGGAGCAGAGUUACACUCUGCCAGAAUCAGGGCAAUCACGGGAGUGCCAGAUUUAUAAUUGCAACGGGUAAAAAUUCCUGUGCUCCGAUGACUUUCAGUGGCACUGCCAUCGUCUUAUCGCCUGCUGGUGUCUUGAAUGGUGUCUUGUUGCCAAAUCUACCAGUGUGUGCAGGCAACCCAUAGCACUUGUAUCUCUGACGUGCUUGAAGGAGGGUUGGAGGUACACGCACGGGAGACAUUAAGCCCCAAGGAAAGCACCACUGGGUUGGCUCCUGUGUGCAUUGGGAAGAACAUGGGACGGUCAGAGGGGUAUUGAAAGCUUAAUAUUACAUUCUCUAUGAAGUUCUCCCCUCCAAGUAAGUUGACUUUGGCCAACAGAGGGCGCUAGUCCACUGGACCAGCUGUACAAACAAAGCUCAUGCCAUCCCUUGCAGGUGGACAUUUUCACUCCAAGGUCAGCGAACAAAGAAGUGGCCCAGCACCGAAAUAAACUUUUCGCCAUUUUCUCUCCAUUGUUUUGCAAAGUGAAAGACCUUCUUUCACCGUGCCAUAGUUUAAUCAGUUAUAAAGAGUAAAUCUACAUACAAUGCUUCACUACUUGACCGUGUUUCUACCCAUUGUGUCGGUUUUAUUUCCCUUAGCAAGCAGGUGAAUACUUAAAUUGAAAUAAGAGCUCUUUCAUUCAGAUUUGUAUCUCUGCAGGUUACAAAGUGUCCUUUUCUUCAAAGCAAAGUUGGGAUGUUUUGGAAACUGCAGAAUUUUGCGUGGUCUAUUUUUCCCCCGAGAAAUUUAUCUGUCGUAUUUGCCAAUUUUUGUUUUCAUUGUUUUGUUUUGCUAUGAUGGGGCAGUGUCGACACCACAUUUGGAGAACAUAGAAUUCGUCUACAUAAUGUUCGUUUGUAAUGUCAGUGAUCAGAGUAAAUUAGCAUGGAGCAUCACUGCCAUAUGGUGUAGAGCACAUUUUUAACUCACCUUGUUCCGUUUAUUUUUAUAUCACAGUUUGUAAAUAAUAUUAAAUAUGUAAAUUGAAAUUGCACAAAGAAAUAAAAUUAACCUAAUUUAGUCACAGGUUAAGACAUUUGAAUGCGGGUCCAAUCUUUUAUAAACUUCCAUGGUAAAUCCUUGUAAGCAAUUUCUUUUCAUUUAUAUAGCAAAGAUUUGGAAAAUCUUAUUUCCCUGUACAUAAAAUUUAAUCUGAACCCGACAUUUGAUUCUUACUCAGAAGUCAACCGAUAAUUUUAUCAAAAAUGUUUUCUCAGGUUUUUUUUGUGUCAGUACCCACUGCAAUGUCUACAGUUUCAUUCAAAAUCUACUUGCAUUUAUCCGGAUUACAUGUGUGCUUUCUGAUAACACUUUUCUUAUUCCUAAGAUAGUCCCUUGUUUCCAUGCAACAUUCGAGUUUCUCCCACUCGAUGGCUCAGCGCAGACAAAGCGGCAGUCAUCUGGUGUCUAGACACCUAUGGACGGGACGGUUGAAAAGUAGGGCUCUGAAUCUCCUAAAACCUUUGGAUUUGUUCAAGAGGAGUAGAUGUUAAACCUUUUGAAAGAGAGACAAGUUUUUAUUACCUAUGGGAUCCUAUUAGGCGACCCAUUAAAACUCCAAAGUAAUUUGAACUAGACCUGA